AAACAUGUUGCUUAAAUUCGGAUUGCCCAAUCACGUUUUCAACCGACAAGCUCCAUUCUAACUAAUGGAUUACAGUCGAGCCUAACAAACAGAUGUAACUGGUUUUCAUCACUCUCUUCUCCUCUUCUCAGCCUCUCACAGAAAUCACUGCCAAAAACAUCGAGGCAUCAAACACAGUAUUUAUUUCGGAAACAUAUCAUACCCUUACAUUAAACUAAAUAUGGCUGAUACCGCAGUAGACACGACCACAACUACCGAGAUUUCAGCAAAGGAACUCAAAGAGAAGAAAGAGGUUGUCGAGGCGAAGGAGAACGGUAGCGGGGACGCACCAGCCAACGGCAAUGGAACACACACAAAUGGUGCAGAGACGAAGACAAAUGGUGCAGAUGAUUCUGAAGAAACCCCUGUGGGUGAGAAGGAAGAAGAGGAUGGAGAGGGACCGGAUGCAGCUAAGGAUGCAGAAGAAGUUGCUGGUGAGGAGGUUGACCACCCUGUGAAGUGCCCAGCUGAUGAAGGUGUUGACCAUCCUGUGAAGCUCCCAGCUGAUGAAGAGGUUGACCACUCUGUGAAGCUCCCAGCUGAUGAGGUUGACCACCCUGUGAAGCGCCCAGCUGAUGAGGAGGACCAAGUGGAAACAAAAAAACAGAAAACCGAAAACGGUGAAUCAAAGGAAGCUGAAGUGAAGGCAUAGUGCGCAGAGUAUGUACUCCUCCGCAACGCUGUCUACAUGGCACGUUCAACUUCACCUUGUAGAGCUUGUGCUUUAUGUAUGCUUUACAGAUUUUGUUUGUCCCCAAGAUAUUACAUUGCACUGGAGUCCUAAAACAUAGAGGCCUCUCCUCUCUUUUUAUAAACUGUUAUUUAUUGGUUUCUUAAGCAAACUUAAAAAAACAAAACAACCUGUGCAAAUAGAAUCCGUGCUAUUUUAUCAGUUUUGUUCUUUUGUAUUCGUAUGAGUUAAGCACAUUCUCUACAUAGUUAACUGCUGACCAGCUGAUUCAGAGACAGACAGCUGUAACCUUCUCCACAUGUUCAGGGUGACUUCUCAGACUCACUGAAGACCAAAGAUAAGUUUUAAGCAGGGGCUAAUGGACUAUUGUUAGCAUUAUUAAUUCAGGCUUUUUUAAUCCUUUUUGUUUACUGCUGCUAGUAGUUAAUCCUUUGCCAGGCUGAUCUGUUAACACAACAGAUGGCACAAAUGGAAGAACGCCUCCAUGAUAAAAGAUGCUUGACCCUGUUUGGGGGGCUGGCUUCUGCAAUGUUAAUUACCCCCUCUUAAAUCUUAAGGCUUUGGUCAUGUUCUGUAUGCAUUUCACACAAGUGUGUACCAUUUGUACCCAAGAUACUGUGUUUUUUUGGUUUCAUUUUAGGUUAUUAUGUUAUGUCUGGGUGACUCAGAAAUUGUGUCUACAACGGUCUUUAUCAACAUCAUUCCCACCCUGGUGUUCUUAGUCUCUUCUUGUGCAGUUAUAUUUCAUGAUUGCUAUUUGGUUGCUUCGACCACUGCUUUGUAUAUUCUGGUUCUUGAUGAUUAAAUAAAUCAGUCUUGUCUUUUUA